AGUGGUUUGGCUGGGACGUCAUGAACUCGGCCCUCCCUGGAUGGGACUCGAGGAGGCUCUGCCGGACCCAAGAGCAGGUGGCCCGGAACUCGGCGUUGUCAUCCCAGCUGGCAAUGACCUCACCCAGCUCAGAACUUCUGAGCCAUUCGGACCCAAACAGCCGGAUGCCGUUUGGAGCAGAACAUUCCAGGGCUAUUCAGACCACAACAUUUUGGUGCCCCUUGGAUCAAACCGUUGGCUCAGGUCAGUCGUGCUCCUGUCUCUGCUGCCUGCACUGUGAGAGUUGGAGAUUUAGCUGGAGAAUUGGACCAGAACCGCCAUCCCUUCCCCCGCAGAGACCCGGACUUUCUGGCUAGUGCUGGGACAGAGACCCCAGCAGGUUUCGAGGACUGUGACAAGCACCAGCCUUGGCCCGAGUCCCCAGAGCCAGGACCAUGGUGCACAACCAAGGGCUUCCUGCCGAGGCCCCAGAGACGAACCUUGGAGCUGCCCAGGACGGGUCAGAGUUGCAGAGAUCAAGGGAGUCGCCCCCUCAUCACGGCGUCUCUGCCGGGAGCCCUGGUCCUGAUGAAACAGCGGAACAGGGGGUCUCUGCCGCAAGCCCAGUUCAUGAGGAAACAGCAGUGGAGGGGGUCUCUGCCGGAAAGCCUGGUCUUGAGAAAACAGCAGAGGAGGGGGGCUCUGCCCCUGCUGGCCCCAGGGACCAAAGCCAGCACACCUCUGUGGUCACAUCUGUCACCAGCCACUCCUCCACCCGCGGCGUGGAACACGUGGCCUCCAACCUCCCGUGUGCGCAGCCGCCAUGUGAGUCUCCCGGCUCAGGCGAGAAGAGAAAGCGCUCGGCAGGUGGCAGAGAGGCCGAGGAGGAGGCAGAAGAAAAGGCCCUUUAUUAUAUGAAGGUCCGGGCUGUGAACGGCGUCUCAGUGGCCUGGGAGACCGGGGCCGGCUUUGAAGCCAUUCGGAAGCGGCCUCGGAUCUUUAAGAGCAAGUACAUCGGCGGAGAAAGCUUUGCCGGCUCGGACCUGAGCAGCUCCCACACCAAGUCGGAGCUGGGGGACGUGGACUCGGAGGCAGAGUGCGGCGUUGAGGGGCCGGCGGAGGAGGCGCCGCAGCAGCCGACGGGAGCACCCCCGGAGUGGCUCCUCACCAUUGAGCAGGGCGUGCGGUGUCUGGCCUGCUGCCGAGUCUUUCCCAGCCUGGAGGCCCUGACCCACCAUGUUAAGCAGGGGCUGCGCGAAGGCUUCAGCUGCCGCGUGUACUACCGGGUGCUGGGGCAGCUGAGGGCGAGAGACAGGUCCCAGGGAGACGGCAGCGGGGCCGGGACGCCAGCCACGCGUCCGGGAGUGCAGCAAGUGUGGGGACAGAUACGCGCCCACGCAAGGCUGCCAAAUAGGCCUGGCUAG